CUCAACAAGAUCAUACAGAGCAGUAACCGUCACUAUCAGACAACCUACUCUCUUAUCUUUCAAAAAAAUCAAGUUUUGUUCGUCAACAUCUCUUAAUAUUUGUUUAACAUUGUGCGCGCCUUGCACGUACUUCUUCACUGUCAUUAGCUUACUUCUUGAGUGGUUUCUCGGCUCUCGUGCUAUCUUGUUCUGAAGCAGUAAUGGAUUUGGUGUGGCUCGUGAGUCUGGCUGUCAGCUUGGGAGCUGGACUCGCUGCUACAGAACGACACAGCGUCUUCUGGAACAGUACUAACCCAAACUUCCUGUGGGACGACUACACAGUGGACGUGCGUAUCAACGACUACCUGGACAUCAUCUGCCCUCACUACACCCGCGGUGAGCUUCCUUCCCAGGAGGCCGAGCGCUACGUCCUGUACAUGGUGGAGCGUGAGGACUAUGAGGUGUGCAAGCCUCACUCCUUCGAUCAGCUGCGCUGGGAGUGUUCCCGCCCCUUCGCCGCUCACGCACCCGAGAGGUUCUCCGAGAAGUUCCAGCGCUUCACGCCCUUCACCCUGGGCAAGGAGUUCCGGCAGGGCGAGACCUACUACUACAUCUCUAAGCCGCUGCACCACCAUGGGCAGGAGUGUCUGAGACUGAAGGUGGAUGUAGUGGGACAUCACGCAGGCUCUGUAAAGACCCAGGCAGACAGAGGGAAGGUGGAGGAGAUGGAGAAAGCGAUGGAUGGAGGGAAAGGAAAGGUUGGCGUCACUGGAGGAGUUCACAACCCAUCCAACAGGUUACCAGCAGAUGACCCUGCCGCCAUGGAGCCUAACGUCCAGAGGAGCGUGGGCAGCGCAGGAGUCCAGCUUGUCUCCGUCUCCCUCUCCUUCACCAUGAUCCCUGUGUUACUAGCCCUGCUCCUGAGCCUGCUCCUGAGCCUGCACUGAGUCUGAGCCAGGACACUCCACCCUGCCCCUGCCCCCCAGAGACUAUCCUCCCAGUGUUGGGCCCACCCUGCCCCUGCCCCCCAGAAACUAUCCUCCCAGUGCUGGUCAUUGGUGUAUUAAAGAGAAUACUUUUUUUUAAUAAAGAUUUUUUAUAUGA